AUAUGCACGCCCUUAUACCAUUUAACACUCUGGGUCCACCUUCAAGACACUGGGCUGUGGAUCAAGCAAGCUACCACUGCUCUUCCAAGUAUCAUUGUGACAGGUUCUUUUGGAGGAGAUCCUUCUUUUUUUUUUUUUAAAGCCCAUCCUUUUCAACAAAAAUGGCACCAAAGAAAGACGUGAAGAAACCUGCUGCUGCCCCAGCCCCUGCCCCAGCACCCGCUCCUGCCCCAGCCAAACCCAAGGAAGAAAAAAUUGACCUCUCUGCCAUUAAGAUCGAGUUCUCUAAGGAACAACAGGAUGAAUUCAAGGAGGCAUUUCUCCUGUUCGACAGAACAGGUGAAUGCAAGAUCACCUUGAGCCAGGUCGGUGAUGUUCUUCGGGCACUGGGCACAAAUCCCACCAAUGCAGAGGUCAAGAAAGUCCUGGGGAACCCCAGCAAUGAAGAAAUGAAUGCCAAGAAAAUUGAGUUUGAACAAUUUCUGCCCAUGAUGCAAGCUAUUUCCAACAACAAGGACCAGGGUGGCUAUGAAGAUUUUGUUGAGGGUCUGCGUGUCUUUGACAAGGAAGGCAAUGGCACGGUCAUGGGUGCGGAACUCCGCCAUGUGCUAGCCACUCUGGGUGAAAAGAUGAAAGAGGAAGAAGUGGAAGCCCUCAUGGCAGGCCAAGAAGACUCCAACGGCUGCAUCAACUAUGAAGCUUUUGUCAAACACAUCAUGUCCGUGUAAAUGGAGCUCUUCAGAACAAGCACUUGUUGGAACCUUAUUUCAAUAAUACUCAUAACUGACUGCCCAGAUCUGUUUACUACCAUUCAGAAAACAAAACAAAACAACCUGGACCAUUGAAAAUGGAAGGAUUCCCUGGAUUUUUAUAUGCCUUAAGUUUUUUUUUUUCUCUGCUGCUGUAUACAAGAAGAAUAAAAGGUUGACAAUCAA